AUGGCGCGGAGAUACGACUCCAGGACAACGAUUUUCUCGCCAGAGGGCCGUCUCUACCAAGUUGAGUAUGCUCUAGAGGCCAUCUCCCACGCUGGAACUGCUCUAGGCAUCCUAGCCAAGGAUGGGAUAGUUCUCGCGGCAGAGCGGAAGGUCACCAGCAAGCUCCUGGAGCAAGACACCUCUGCGGAGAAACUCUACAUCUUGAACGAUAAUAUGAUAUGCGCUGUUGCUGGGAUGACCGCCGAUGCAAAUAUACUCAUCAACUAUGCCCGCCAAGCUGCUCAACGAUAUCUGUUAACGUACAACGAAGAGAUCCCAUGCGAGCAGCUGGUACGUCGACUAUGUGACCUAAAACAAGGCUACACCCAACACGGUGGCCUGCGACCGUUUGGUGUCUCCUUUAUCUAUGCUGGCUAUGACCCUCUUCGGCAGUUCCAACUAUACCAGAGCAAUCCUAGCGGCAACUACGGGGGAUGGAAGGCUACUAGUGUCGGCGCCAACAAUGCUAGCGCACAGAGUCUCUUGAAACAGGACUACAAAGAGGAUUGUGAUCUGAAGGAGGCAUGCGGCAUGGCUGUCAAGGUGCUGAGCAAGACAAUGGAUUCCACCAAACUGAGCAGUGAAAAGAUUGAAUUUGCCACUGUCGGGAAGACGAAGGACGGUAAGAUCUAUCAUCACCUAUGGGGAGCCGAUGAGAUCGAUGCACUUCUCAAGGAGCAUGACCUUGCUAAGCCUGACGACCGGGAAACCGGAUAAAGCGGCUGGCCACAUCUUUCGAUUACAAGCACUUUCUACUGCAACGACGAGACGGCG